AUGACAUUUCUAUUCUCAAUUUCUGUUCUUUGAGCUCGUUGUUUGCGACGUUUGCUUCUAACGGGUACCGGAUUGUUAUCGAGUCAUUAUUUUUGCGCCACCAGUCGUGCAAGUGUCCGGUUAGUCUCCAGUGCAGUGUUUUGUGUCGCAUUACCUAGAAAUGUCGCGAUUAGGGUCUUACGUUUUGUGUGUAGUGCUAUGCAGCCUUGCAACUCUAGGUCAAGGUGACAUCACGACGCAGAAGUCCGUGACUAUCAUCAUUCCCAAAAAUCGUUCGACAACCCUAGCACCAGCAACAACGGAGGUACCAAUAACAAGUGAAAAUCCAAAUACAACAUCAACAACGGAGAAACCUACAACAACGGAGAAACCUACAACAACGGAGAAACCUACAACAACGGAGAAACCUACAACAACGGAGAAACCUACAACAACGGAGAAACCUACAACAACAGAGAAACCAACAACAACAGAGAAACCAACAACAACUCCAGCCCCUCCGGCACCCACUCCCAAGCCCACUCCCCCUGGGCCUCUGCCACCACCGGAGCAGGGCACAUGGUCUUACACGGAGAACAACAUAACUUGCAUCGUUGUUCAGUUUGCAGCUCAAUUAAAUGUCACAUACACUAAGGUUGUGGAUAACUCGACAUCCCUCGCGAACGUCCUCCUCAACAUCCCUGCGAAUGCCACAGUCUCCGGCGGCAACUGCUCUGCCAACAGCAGCCAGCAGUGGCUGCAGCUGAGCUGGCCAGUCGCGGCCGCCGUCAACAACCUCACGCUGGUCUUCCUCAGGAACGAGACCACCAACAACUACGCGCUGCAGAACCUUAACGUCUCCCUGGACAAGGCGCUCUUCCCUAAUGCUUCAUCAUCCAACCCGAUCGAGCUGUCGCACGGCGUGGAAUGGCAGACGCCUCUAGCUACCUCGUACCGCUGCGCAGCGCCCACCCGCCUCAACAUGACUGCGGAGUCAGCCAGCGUGGUCGCUGCGUUGACCCUCUCCCGACUGCAGGAGGAGGCCUUCCGCACCAGCCCCGGAAAAGGAUUCAGUGCCGCUCGCGAGUGCGGCGGCGGUGACGUCCCGGAUGCAGUGCCGAUCGCGGUGGGGUGUGCCCUGGGCGGGCUGGUGGUGGUGGUGCUGGUGGCCUACCUGGUCGGCCGCCGCCGCAGCGCCGCGCGCGGGUACCUCUCCAUGUGAGCGGUGAGCGCACAUCGGAGUGACGGGAGUAGUGAAUAUAACAAAGUAACAUAGACACAGGUAUCAGUAAAUUUAGCUCCAUAGCCCCUCUAGCGACCAUGUUAUAUUCAUUCACAUUUGACAGAUGGUAGGAAAUGGUAGAAAAUGUCAACCACUUUGACAGCUCUGUUUACGUCGUCGACAUUAACGCCCGUAUUCUGAGAUGUUAACUCGAAUCCUCUUCGACUCCGUCCUCAGUUGAGGCCUUAAGACCUCGAAGUCAGCUCAAAAUCAAUAUUCCUAGACGGCACCUUACCUCGACUACUUCGUCGAGGUUGAGUGAGUGCAUGCCGUCAUUAUUUUCGUAUGUUGGCACUAUGGUAUACUCGAUUCCAGUAAGAAAAGUCCUCAAGGUGAGGAGGUAAAUGCCAAUUUAAAAUACUAAAAUGCUCGGCUGAGGCCGAGUCGAGGAAGAAUUGAGGAGUACGGGUGUUAAUUUGAAAGAGUGACGUAUGGAAGUACCCCAACAGAAAUGAUACUUGUUUUUCUACCAUAAAUAAUUAUGUAUUGCUCAACUUUUUAAUAUUUUGGCGGUAUGUGCAGGUGGAUUAACCGGAAUUUUUAGACUAUGGUCUUUAUUUAUUUUUUAUGUUUAAUUUCGUUGUGUAUUCUUUUUACAAAAUUAUUAGUUUAAAAUAAAAUAUGUGUAUAAUUUGGAAGUGUCGUAAAUAAAAUUAAAAUCUAUCGAUUUGUAAUUGUCAAUUAUUGAAGAUUAAUAUUUAUAUUCAGCCUAUCUCCGUCGAAUCAACCGGAGGGGAUAUGCUCCACCACGCUGCUCCAUUGCGGGUUGGCGGAGAUGUUUUACGGGUAGCCGUAAAACUACUAGCCGGGACCAACGGCUUAACGUGCAUUCCGAAGCACGGAUUUAUAAAUGACGUAGUAAAAUUCCGGUUACUUUGUCCAGUAUAUUUUGAGGAGGGUAAUUUUAAGGAGUUUGUUAAAAUAAAAUGGCGAUAAUAAAAUCCCUCACGUCAUGAUUUCACUAAACUAUGUAAAACUAUACGAUUGUACCUAAUCAUAAUAAUAUUACACUAUUGGAUUUAAUUCAUCUUGUAUAAUUAAUUAUUGUAGGUAGGGAAAAAACUGUAAUUUCUUUGCUACCCUGCAUAGUUUGAUUUUAUCCUAGCGAUUUUUUUUAUAUCGGCCAUAAUAGAGAUGUAGAUUUUUUAUAUGUAUAAUUAUGUGUGUAUUUUACAAUUUAUUCCUCAUUUUAUUCUCUGGUCGCCAAACAAAGAGAUUGCAGCAAAAAGUCUUAAAGCCAAUAAAAUAUUUUCGUUCCUGGCAACACUUUUUAUUUGGCAUCCGGCGAAAUUUUGAAUUUCAUUCGAUUUUUGAUUUGGUUCUCGGCAUUUUAUUUCUUAAAAUGGUGCAGUUUUAAUAUAAAACGAGGAAAAUAUAUAUUAAUGUGAUGUUUGAAUUGUAGACGUAAUGCGGGUGGGUAGGCAAAUAAAUUCUCUGGAAGAACACUUUGAAAUUGGAUUUUUUUUCUUUACUUUAAUGGUUGUCCUUUAGCGGUUAUUACAUUUGCCAGUCCAUCCUGCCCGAUACGUCAAAGUCACGGGCGCUGCGAUCAGGAUCUUGUGGUAAACUGGUGGGACGUUACCAUGGUAACCACGAUCUCGAGCGAGUUUGGGGCGUAACCAUGGCAACCACAACAUCGAGCUCUAAUAGCGUCGAUUUUUCCGAUCUCGAUGUGACCUUGGGGGUUAAAAAGGCCACAUUGAAGGACGGAAAAGCAAUAUUGCUAUUUGACAUUCGUUUGCAUUGCGCACUUUUAUAUGCGCAAAUGACAAAUUGCAAUAUUUUUUUUUUGAUGAAUUGCUUCGAUGUCUUUUUGGCCCCUUGACGCAUCGGUCUAAGUGGAUUAGCUAGUGUAAUCACCGCUUAUCAAGUGUAGUAUAUUCAUUCAAUCCCUGGUUUGUCAAAACACCAUUAACAUUUUGCAAUGUUUCUUAUAUAGAUCUGGUUAAUACAGAACCAGAGUUGGCAACAUCAAUUGAUAAUUUUUACGUAUCUUUCCAAUCUGUUUUAAUUUUAAUACAUUCAUUUUUUUAAUCCAAAGAAUCAUCAAUUAUUAUUUUGUAUCCCAUUUCAGUUAUAUGUAAUGUAUAGCGAAAUGUUAUAAUUAAUUAACGCGUUAUUUUAUACUUGAAAGUCCAUAAUAAGAUUAAAAAAUAAAAUUAAAGACACUAUCACUUUUUAUUAUUAGUUAGAUGGUUAAUGCAGUGUCUUUUAUAGGUUUAGUAUUGCAAAAUAUUCUUUGUUUAAGUGUAAAAUAUGGUUACUGGGUAUAACCAUAGGCUGAAUAAUCUUCUAGAUAUCUGAUAUACUGAUCCCUUAGGCGGUUAGGCGUUGCGUACUCCAUAAUAUUCAUCCAUAUGGAUUCAAUAACUCUUGGAGCCUUAUUUUUGAAUCGCACGCCUUCAACUCACGUGCGAAAAUGUAUACCUGUCUCAUCUUGCAAAUGACAAAUUCUCAUUUGCUACGUGAAAUUGGUAUAUAUUUUCGAAUGUGACUUUAGUUCUGAUUCUGUCAGACAAAAUUUAAUUUUAGUUAUAUUUGCUCUAAAAUAGUGACAAUAGUUUUAAAACUGUCACAAUGAAAUAAACAAUUAGUGUCUAUCGGAAUUGGGACUAUUAUUGCAUGAAACUGUCGCGUACGCUGCACGUACAGUCGUGAGCAAUAUCAUGUACCCACUUUAGAACCCUGUCGCACUAUCAUAUUUGACAUUUAAUGAGACUUACGGUUUAAUUUGUCAAAAAAGUUAAUGUGACAUGGGUUCAAAGUACAUAGUAGUACUCGUGACCGUACGGUAUAGUUCCGGCGAUUUCUUUCUAAUAAAAAAACAUUGUACCAUAAAAAGUAUUAAAAGUAAAGCGUUCAAGGUUAUUCAGUUUAUAGCAGAUUCACUGUUGGGUUCCUGUGCUUUUGUGUAGAGCAAUGAUUUUGUAAAUUGUAUUUGCUAUUCGAUGUUAGAAGUGAAAAAGUGGCAUUUUAACAGUUACUUUAAAGCACAGCAACUUGUUGAAAAUUAGACUACUGCCCUUUACAGACCCUUUGAUUAUAAUAGGUUAGACGCAUAAUGCCCAAUGGUAAUUUAUACGUUCAGGACAAUUUGCGAAUAUGAAGUUUUGCGAAUGGGACAUUCUGCGUCAAUACCAUUAUAAUAUUAGAGAAUACCGUCUGUUAUCGGCUGGUAAUUUCAUUUAUGGUAGACAAAAUGUGUCCAUGAUAGCAGUUGUAAUAUUAGACAGUCUAGAAUAACAGCAGUGAAUCACUCAGUAAAUUAGAGUUUUAUUUUUCUAUGCUACUUCUUUACGACUCCACGUGGACUUCAGAAAAACUUCCAUCCCCUUGUUUAACCCUUUAGGGGAUGAAUUUCACAAAUCCCUUAGAGCCCACUUAUGUUACCGCAAAAUAAAAAAUACUUCUACGCCCAUGAGUUUCAGCUGUACAUUGGUCGGUCAGUCAGACAGUCACUUCCCCUAUGCAAUGCCCACUCAAACUCAAAAAUAGCAUUAUUCAUUAGUGUUGGCAAUUUCAAAAAAGGAACGUCACGUCUCUUAAGAAAAAAAAAACGUUUUGGCAGGAUAUUCGUCGGGAAGUUCGAAGGAAAAGAAGGUCGAGAUUCUUUUCUUGAAAUUGCCUCCAUUAGGUAACAUAGUUACACUUUGGGUGGUAUUAAUAAACUAAUCUCAGCUUUGAGACUGCCCUCAAGAUCAUGUCAAUGUGACAGUUCUUAUAUAAAAACGGGACUUGAGCAUGAUCUUGAGGGCAGUCUCAGCUGAGAUUAGUUUAUUAAUACCACCCUUUGAAUCGUCAAUUUUUACAAAGAUAUAUUUUUUGUCGAACGUCUCAUCCACCUAAAACGGACUGCAGCUUCUCACAACCUGUAUAGCCUAUGUCUCUGCAAGAAAAACCUCGGCAAAGGACCGAAAAAAAGGAAAUAAUGAAAAGGAGGUUCUUAAAAAAAGAAACACUGCCUCCCAGGGGAGGCAUCACAUAGACACUCCCAGGGGAUCCUGAUAAAUACGAUGAUUCUGUUCUUAUUUGUACUAAUGAAGUCGUAAAGUAGUCGCUUUAGGAAAGUAAGAUUUCAAUAAGGAAGGUUAAGGUAGGAGGUUCCCAAUUGGGUAAUUGUCCACAACCUUCCCCCUAACUGACUAGAAGCACUUUUAUUGUUAAUUUCAACGUAAGUAAAUUUCAUUUCAUUUAAAAAAUCCUAAAAUUUAAACAAAAACAAACUACUGGUACAGUCAGAUAAUAAAAGCUAUGUAACCCAUUUUUUCUUUGAGAUUAUACAAAGUAUAGUCCACCAAAUUUAUCAUUCAGCUCUUAUCGCUAUCGGCCCACUAGGGUCGAUUAUUUUUUUCAAAUAUAAUCUUUUCAGACGACACCCUAGGCCGAGGUUCGCGCCCAACUUGGCACCGUCAGGCCUGUUGUCUUCAAUUGUGUACCGGGUGAGAGCCCUUAGCGCUCUCCAUUUGUCCGGCUAAUUAAUGGCAUUUGCGGUUAAUCUACAAUAAGUAACACCAAGGAAAGGUGUAAAAAUCGUGAUAUUAUUAGAAUGACAGCAAGACAAAGAUAUACACCACCCAGCGUGAAAGAGACGGGAGAUUAUCUCUUUCGCACUAACAUUAUACAGCUUAGUGAAGCGACAAAAGAUAAUGUCAAUACAAUGAAGUUAUGUA